GGCUGGGAGCUAUUUGCGGUGCGUAUGCAACAGCGGAGGCUGUUUGCAAAUUAGGCGAAAGUCAAAUGAGCUCUUUCAAGGAACCGGACCUGACAGCAAGUGAUUGUAAAGAUGCUCCUCAGAGCCCAGAAGGCACGGCCGCCCUGAAGCAUCCCUCCACCCCGAGUCCGGGCAGCCAAGAUUCCUAUGGAGGCUUUUGCCCAACUCCUCAGAAAAGGAGGCAUUCCACAGAUGAAAGAAACAUAGUGGUGCCCAGAAAACUUUUUUGUUUGUCCCCGGAACCUAGCGACUCCAACGGAAGCGCUGGCCAAGAGGUCCAAGAACCAUUGUUGGUGAGGCUUCCUGAAGAGAGCUCAAGUGAUGGAACUGUCCAGCAGGAAGUUCAAGAUGUUGAGGUGGAUCCUCUUUCUGAUGCCCAGCCUGAGCUCUCCGGAACUACAUCCGUGGAUGACGGAUCUCAGCGGCCUGCACGGAUUGUUGCUGAUCCCGACGACAAGGAGGCUGGUGUGGUGCUGCGCCAGCAGCCUGUGCAGCCGGCGCCCGAGUUGGACAGCAAGAAGGCUGAAGAAGAUGUGGUGCCAGAGGAAAAGUCGGGGGUCGUUUUAUAUGCCAAGUCGUCUUAUAUGCCGGAAAAUACGGGAAUUUCUUGGAAGACGCUGUACAAUCAGUAUUUGGAAGAAGUUGACCACGCCUCACUGAUCGUAAGAGUCAUUCUGCAACGGUAUGGCCUAACCAAGGAGCACCCCCAAUGCAUGCUGGGAUUUAUUCGGUGUGUGGCUGAUUAUCAGACCUACCCCUGUGAAAAUCCCACCACUGCCCUCACGUUUCUGCAACGCCACUCACUCUAUCCCAAGGCGGAAGUCUGCAUCGCCAGGAAACUUCCGGAUUUGGACGGUCGCAAAGAGACUCCGGCCUACGUUCGGGCAGUGAUGGCGGCCAUUGUGCUCUUUGCUGGAGGCGUUUGUGACAUUCAGGAGCUGAUGGACUGUCUCCAAAGUCGCAACUUCCCCAUGUCAUCGGAGGACAUCCUUGAAAUCUUGUAUUCCAUGGCAACCCUACUUUAUGCCAUGCGGGAGAAUGAGGUCAAGAUCAGUAACAGGUUUCACUACAGUGUUUCUUAUUGCUUGCAUCACUUGGAGAAUUCACUCUGCAACACACCUUCCACAAAUGAUCCUGAAUUACCCAGCAGUGGAGGAGGUUUUAGGCCUAUUUCACAACCUACUAGUGAACAACAACUGAUCUUAAACCACAGGCUUAACCCUGAAGACCGGGUAAAAAUUGUGGGUUCUGCAGGCACUGGGAAAACAUCCACUCUGCUCCAGUAUGCCAGGGAGUGGUCGGAGCUUAAAUUCUUGUUCAUAGCGUUCAACAAAAUCAAGAAGCAAUCAUUGCUGUUUUGCUCUAAAAAUGUCACCUGUAAAACCUUCCAUUCCUUAGCUUAUGACGAAGUCGGCAAAAAAUACAGGAAUAAAUUUAUUAGGGACAUACUGACCAAUGAGGUAGGCCGUGUCCUCUCCAAUCCUGAGGCCAGUGGCACGAAGGUUGUUCAGACCCUCAAAACCUUUCUCGCUUCGGCAGAUGAGUCCAUCACGGUGGAGCACACCGGCUGUGGAGAAGAUGUGAAGGAACGCGAAAAGCAAAUCAUUGUCGAAGAAGCGAAACAAAUAUGGGCCAAGAUGAAAGAGCUGGGCCCAACCGAGGAGAAGGCAUACCACAUGCCGUUCGACGGUUACUUGAAACUUUGGCAACUCCAGAAGCCUUCUCUUUCCACCGAUACGGAGCGUUACAACGUCAUCAUGGUGGAUGAGGCCCAAGACUGCACCCACGCUAUGAUGAGUAUUGUCCUCUUGCAAAACUGUCCAGUGAUCUUGGUAGGAAAUCCACACCAACAGAUUUACACCUUCCGAGGAGCUGACAACACAGUUUUGGAUGUGCCCAACAGCCGCAUCUUCUACCUGACGCAGAGUUUUUGGUUUGGCUACGAAAUAGCUUACGUUGGUGCAACCCUUCUGGAUGUUUCCAGAAAAAUCCGGAAAAACAUGGUGGGAAAUUACUGGGCCGGUGUUGUCAGAGUGGAGGGGAAGGAGACUUGGUUAUCCCGGACCAACAGAGAUGUCUUUGACAAUGCUGUGAAAGUUACAGGUGGAGACUCACCUGCUAAGAUACACUUCCUGGGGGGUAUUAAUACUGUUGGACUGGAUAUAAUUGAAGAUCUCUAUAAUGUCCUGCAUUCUAAACAGAAUUACGAGCUCAAGAGUGCCUUCAUGAAGGAGCUCCAGAGUACCCUCAUCAAGAAGUAUGUAGAGAAGGGCUUCAGGAGCAUUGAGGAAUAUGAUGCAACACGAAAAAAACAGCUGGAACUAACAACAGGAAUUUUGAGAAAUUACGACGAUGUUCCGCAACUAGUGAGAAGCAUGCACCAAUUCCAUGUCCCGGAUCCUGAAAGUGCAGUGAAACUCGAGGUAAAGGAUUUCUUCAUCAAGAGGUGGGUUGAGAAGGGUUUGGCCAGCAUCAAGGACUAUGCGGAAAAAUCAGAAGACAAACAACUGGAAAUAAAAAUUGGAAUUGUGGAGAAAUACCGGGAACGUAUUCCGGAGUUGGUAAACAGGAUACGCCAGUGCCAUGUUUGGCAUCCAGAAGUUGCAGAUUACAUCCUAGGGACUGUGCACAAGGCCAAAGGGCUGGAAUUUGACACGGUCAAAAUUGAUGAUGUCUUUCUGAGCAAGUCCAAUCUUGAACAUUUGCAUUCAAACAGAAUUGAAGCCAUUCCGAAAGAUGAGUGGAAUUUGCUGUACGUCGCUGUCACUCGAGCCAAGAAGCAUCUCAUCCUGCCCAGUUUUUUUGCUCAGAUCCUAGAAGUCGCCAAGGAAUACUGUGUCCGGUUUGAAUUAUCCACCGCACUCUCCAAUACGACACCACCGGUCUGUGUACAAUGCAGGUGCGAAGUGCCCAUCCCAGAGGAUCCUGUGCUAAUCCCGAAAAGGAUAAACCAUCCUUACAUAGUGGACAACACCGAAAGAAAGGGAUUUUUGUGUUCUUCUUGUGCGCGCAGUUUUGGCCCCAUUGCACAGCUCACAGGAUCUUCCAGGGCGCAGGGCCCAGCCCGUCUCCCAGAAACCAUUGAGGUUCCCUCCGAGGUCCACAUCCUCCUUGAAGAUUUUUAAGUACUUCAAACAAACAAAACAAAAAUUGCACUGGGUGUUUUUCAAAAGAAAGCAAGGAAUGUAGAAAGGAAGGUUAUCCUCUUGAUGUGGGAUUGAUGCUCUUGUUGUGCUGCCUGGAGAGUCAGAAUCAUCAGAAUAGAGCUCCAAGGGACCUUGGAGGUCUUCUAGUCCACUACCACACCCACCCACCCACCCACCCCUUGCUCAAGCAGGCAACUCUAUCCCUUUUCAGACAAGUGGCUGUCCAGUCUCUUUUUAAAAACCUCCAGUGAUGAAGCCCAUACAACAUCCGGUGGCAAGCAGUUCCACGGGUUAAUUGCGCUCACGGUUAGGACGUUUCUCCUUAAUUCCAGGUUGCUUGUCUUAAUGGAAUGGAAUACAAUAGAAUAGGAAUAGAAUAUAAAUGUAUAGAAUAGAAUUAGAAUUAAAAUUAGAAUAAGAAUAGGAAUAAGAAUAAGAAUAGAAUAGGAAUAGAAUAGAAUAAGGAAUAGGAAUGGAAUGGAAUGGAAUGGAAUAGAAUAGAAUAGAAUAGAAUAGAAUAGAAUAGAAUAGAAUAGAAUAGAAUAGAAUAGAAUAGAAUAGAAUAGAGGAUGGGGAUGGGGAUGGGGAUGGAUAGAAUAGAAUAGAAUAGAAUAGAAUAGAGGAUGGGGAUGGAUAGAAUAGAAUAUGGAAUGGAAUGGAAUAGAAUAGAAUAGAAUAGAAUCAGGAAUAAGAAUAGAAUAGAAUAGAAUAGAAUAGAAUAGAAUAUAUGGAAUAGAAUGGAAUAGAAUAGAAUAGAAUAGAAUAGAAUAGAAUGGGUUGGAAGGGACUUUGGAGAUCUUCUAGUCCAGGGGUGUCAAACUCAAAGCCCGGGGGCCAGAUCCGUCCCAUGGGAUGCUUAGAUCUGGCCUGCAGGGCCGCCCUGAAAACAGCAAAAGAUCAGCCUGGAGCGCCUCUGCCAGCAAAAAUGCAGCUUGGAAGGGCCGCUGACGGCCUUUCAAGCUCUGUUUUCACUGGCAGAGGGUUGCAGCCAGGGGUGAAAUCUACUUACUGUCCCAACCAGUUCGGAAGUGCGCGUGCACGGACCCUCUGCGCAUGCGCAGAGGGUAAAAAGACAGUUUACUUCCUGGUUAAAACCAGGAAAUAAUGACAAUCGGGCAGAUGGACGGAGCCUCGUGCCGCCAUCGCUACCGGUUCAGCCGAACCGGUUCGAACUGGGUGCAUUUUACCCCUGGUUGCAGCCGAAAUGGAACUCGGGAGCCUGUUUUCACCGGCAGAGCACUUGCGCACCCCUGACAGGAAUGACGUUGAGUCGGCCACUCCCACCCUGUCCCCCCUCCCAAGGUCAAACACAACCUUGAUGUGGCCCUCAAUGAAAUCGAGUUUGACACCCCUGGAAUAGAAUAUAAAAUAUGGAAUAGAAUUAGGAAUAGAA